AAUAUCGAGUUGUUUUUCAUUCAAUUUUCAGUGGAAUUUUGACAUCGCUGCUACUGGCUCGUAUAUUCUCCAUGUAGUGCCUAGGUUUUCAAAAUGUCUCUAAUUAAGUAGUUCUGUAGGGAAACAAACGGAUCGAUUCUUAAAUGACGCCCACGAAAACGACAAAAACCGAAGUAGAAAUGGUGAUAAGAAAUAGAAAGACCGCAAUGAAAGACGGGAUCAUGACGAUGUCUGGCAUCGGGGAGCCUUCCGUUUUCCACGCACUAGUGGUGAUCUUUUUGGAGUUCUUCGCGUGGGGACUGCUCACGAUGCCAAUCAUAUCGGUGCUAAACGCCACGUUCCCAGAUCACACGUUCCUGAUGAACGGACUGAUAAUGGGCAUCAAGGGCAUCCUGUCCUUCCUGUCCGCGCCGCUGAUCGGCGCCCUGUCCGAUGUCUGGGGCCGAAAGUUCUUCCUUCUGGUGACGGUGUUCUUCACCUGCGCGCCGAUCCCGCUCAUGACCAUCAACACUUGGUGGUUUUUCGCCAUGAUUAGCAUCAGUGGAGUGUUCGCCGUGACGUUUUCGAUCGUAUUCGCGUACGUGGCGGAUGUGACCACGGAGGCGGAGCGCUCGCGUGCCUACGGGCUGGUCUCUGCUACCUUCGCCGCUAGCAUGGUGAUCUCGCCGGCGCUCGGCGCCUACCUCAUGGACCUCUAUGGUGAGGCGCUCGUGGUAGCCGCCGCCACCGCCGUCGCCGUGCUGGACGUAUUCUUUAUCAUGGUAGCCGUGCCAGAAAGCUUGCCUGAGAAAGUCCGACCCAGUGGAUGGGGCCCCGCAAUCAGCUGGGAGCAGGCUGACCCAUUUGCUGCAUUAAGGAAAGUGGGAGCGGAGCGUACAGUGUUGAUGCUGUGUGUGGCUGUGUUUUUAUCCUACCUCCCUGAGGCGGGACAGUAUUCGUGCAUAUUUGUGUACCUUAAACUAGUGAUGGGUUUUGGUGUAGUGCAAGUGGCGAUUUUCAUCGCAAUUGUGGGAGUGCUGAGCAUUGGAGUACAAGUGAUUCUCGGCUUUCUAAUGAGGACUCUAGGACCGAAGCACACCAUCAUGGUGGGGCUGUUGUUUGAGAUGCUGCAGCUCAUGUGGUAUGGGUUCGGGUCCCGCACGUGGAUGAUGUGGGCGGCGGGCGUGCUCGCGGCGCUGGGCUCGCUCACGUACCCCGCCAUCAGCGCAUACGUGUCCGUGAACUCGCGGCCGGACCGACAGGGCGUCGUGCAGGGCAUGGUGACUGGAGUGCGCGGGCUCUGCAAUGGCCUCGGACCCGCGAUGUUCGGCGUCAUCUUCUACUUGUUCCACGUUGAUUUGAAUGAGGAGCAUGCGACGGAUGGCCGACCAGAGCCAGACCGUUACGUUCGCCUGGUGCCAGGCCCGCCGUUCGUGCUGGGCGCGCUGCUGGUCAUCUGUGCCUUGCUGGUGGCCGCGUUCCUGCCCGAGGACGGUGCGUCGUCGGGGCGGCGCUCGCCGGACGCGCGCUUCGAGCUGGAGCGCGGGCGGCGCGUGGCGGGCGCGCUGUCGCCGCUGAUGGCGCCGGAAUCGGCAGCGCUCUAGCUGCAAGCCCGCGCCGCCCGCGCAGCGAGCGUCUGAGCCCCGCAUUUACGAAGGUACCAAAGUGAGCCCACCGGGCUAUCCCCGGUCCUUGAGAGACUUUCCGCUUCUAUUGUGGUUUUUAAGCUUUAUACCUGUUUUGUAACUUUCGAUUUGCUGCAGAUGUGUACAUAUUUUAUCUAUAAAUCAUUGAAAUAGAUGAGGGCGCCAGGCGCGCCCUCCUGGACUCCUGUUGCUGGGAGCUGUUGGGUUGAACUGUCACCCUAAAGAAUAUUUAUAUCAAUCACCAUGCUUUUCUCUAAGCUGCUCAUGUUACAAUAAAUCAAAUGAAAUAUUUUCACUAUCAACUUCUAUUUUUUUACAAAUCAUAUUGAUAAAAUCAAAACACUUGACAAUGAGAUAUUAAUCAUUAUACUUAUUACACAAAGAAUGGUUUAAUUAAACUGGAAUCAUAUUUAUCUUGAGGGUAAAUAAUGAAGUGCCUUUGAUCAAAUAUAACUCCUGUUUAGUCAACAAAAGUUCUUUACAAAUCAGAUGAAUCAUUCUUUUUUCAUUACAUAAUAACAUAAUCAUGCAAGUAUUCUACAUAAAAAUCAUUUAAUUCUUUCUUUCUAUAUGCAAAUACGAAUUCGUUUGAACUGUAAUAAGAAUAAAAAUUGAACUGUAAUAAGAAUUGUACAAAAUAAUGUUUCUAGAUCUCGUUCAUCCAUUUGGCUCAGUGACCUCUGGGAAUAGUUCACAUGUCACUGCGGAUGACAAAUGUUUGUUUUGUUGUCAACUUGGUCAUCAAAAAAAUCAUUAAGAUAUGUUGUUUGAACACCUUUAUUUGUUUUUAUGUAUAUUUCUUUAGUUUGUUUAUUGAUUCCCUUAGUACCUAUGUUGGCAACAAGUACUAACAGCAACAGAGUUAACUAACCAAAGGUUUACGAAUUGUUAGUUAACAGUGAUGAUGACAGUGUACCAUAGGUAAUUGCUUAUUUCUUAGUCAUAUCUUGCCUUUUCUUGCAAUCAUCUUAAAAUUAAUCCAUUUAGGUAAUAAAAUACACAACUGUCAUAAAUGCUAUCUGACAAAAAUAAAUAUUGGAAAAGUUUCAAAAGCUGUAAAUAGGCAGUAUCCGUGGGCGUUGCGCCGCCAUUUCUUCCACACAACACUUGUCAGAAGUAGGUAGUUUUGUAAUACAUACUUCACUAUUACUACCUUACUCUCCCUUCUUUAGCAAAUUGUCAAAUUGAAGAUCUCAACACUGUGAAAUUUGUAGUAGCAGUGUUUUGUUUAUAUGUUCGUUAUUAAUUAUUAUUUGGUAUAUAAAAACAAAUUAGUGAUUGAGUUUAGAGUAGAUUUUUUAAUAAGAUAAAAUACUAAACAA